GAGCAGUCUGAGCCCAGCAGAGAGGAGCAUGCUGCAGCACAGCUGAGCCUGCAGGACACUGGAGACCGGGAACCAGAGGGGACUGAUGUCCGUCCGUCAUCAUGAACCUGACCUCCAGCUCUGACUCGCUCCACUUCCUCACCAUCAAUAUGAGAGAACAUCCUGAUACCACCAUCAUGAAUGAGCCUGCCAUUUUGGGUGGUUCUUAUCAGGGUUUGGGCAUACUGUCGGACAGUGUCAGUGGUUGGAAGCAGCAUAAUGUCAGUCAUCUGUCAGGACCAGAAGGAAACUACACUGGUUCACCAGGGAACCCAACAUUAAUGCUGCCAGCAGAGGAGUUUGACCCGUUAGGAGGACAUACUGUCUUGCAGGUCCUCGUAAUCGUCUUCCUCACUGGAUCACUUUCUGUCGUCACUGUUGUUGGCAACAUUCUAGUGCUGGUGUCAUUCAAGAUCAAUAAGGCGCUGAAGACAGUAAACAACUACUACCUGCUUAGCCUGGCAUUUGCUGACCUGACUAUUGGCACGCUGUCAAUGAACCUGUACACCACCUACAUCAUCAUGAACCAGUGGGCCCUGGGGCCCGUGGUCUGUGACUUGUGGCUUGCAAUAGACUAUGUGGCAAGUAACGCCUCAGUCAUGAACCUGCUUGUUAUCAGCUUUGACAGAUAUUUCUCUGUUACCAGACCUCUGACAUACCGGGCCAAACGCACAACCAAGCGAGCCAUGACCAUGAUUGGAUUAGCUUGGUCCAUCUCUUUCAUUCUCUGGGCCCCAGCCAUCCUGUUCUGGCAGUACAUCGUGGGUGAGAGAACUGUUCCGCCCAAUCAUUGCUACAUCCAGUUCCUGUCUGAGCCAAUUAUCACAUUCUGCACUGCUAUUGCUGCGUUCUACUUGCCAGUAAGUAUUAUGACAUUCCUGUUUUGGAAAAUAUAUCAGGAGACAGAAAAGCGUCAUAAAGAUAUGCAAAGUCUUAGGGGAUCUGGAGCUGGAAAAAGCACCAGCCAGGCUCAGAAUCAAGGAGUUGGCAGUGGGAAGGUUGGUGGAGACGGUGCGACUAAUAGCCAGAAGGAUUCAUCAGCCAUGCAACGCCAGAUGAGCUCUCAGAGCUGCAGCAGCGAUGAACAUAAUCAGCUGGCUUCUGAGAAGAACAACAAGGACAACUCCAGCAUAGCAGGAGGAACAGGAAGCAGAGGGAGGUGUGGCACAUCCUGCUGCCUCCAGUUUUCAUCUCUUCUGCCAGGUCGUAAUGCAUCCAAAAGGUCCGUCAACACCACGACAACUACGGUGGGUGAAGCAGAGCAGAGCAGCAGUGAAAGCCUCAACAACAUUGAAGCCGGCGGCUCUGGGGACCAGUCAGGUUCAGAGGACGAAGCUGAAGGUGGAAAUAAAUCUAGAAAGGGGAAGAACAACAAGGACAAACACUCCUCGUCCAACAAAGGUCGAAAAGAGUCACAAUCAAACCCUUCAUCACCUGCUGACAAAUCCCCUGCAGCCAUCACCAUGAAAGACGCAGCGAUGGCCAAACGUUUCGCCUCCAAGGCCAAGACAGAGAUCAGCAAGCGCAAGAAUGAAAAAAAGGCGAAUGAGAAGAAAGCGGCUCGGACACUCAGUGCCAUCCUCUUGGUCUUCAUCACCACGUGGUUACCGUACAACAUCAUGGUGCUGGUCAGCACUUUCUGUACCAACUGUAUUCCAGAAACCCUUUGGUCACUGGGCUACUGGUUGUGUUACGUUAACAGCACAAUCAAUCCCAUCUGCUACGCCCUGUGUAACAAGACCUUCAGGAACACUUUCAGGGAUAUUUUGAUGUGCCAGUGGAAUCAGAGGAAUAAUCAGCCUAGCUUUCAGCAGAGAAAAGCUGUGGCUUUCAAGAAGAAAGACCCGAUGUAAAAUAAUUGAGAGAUUUGUGUUUAAAGAUGAUUUUCCUGAUCUUGAUUCAGAUUUGGGAACCAACAUACAAGUCUUCUAUUUCAAAAGAUGCUGAAGGAAAUUGUGCCUAGGAAAGUAACGCCACAGGAAGACUCACUGAGCUAGCAGUGAAACCAAAGGCUUGCCUGUUGGUCUCAUAUGGAACAACCAUUUAUGGUACCUAAACGCUUGGUGACACCUUGGAUUUUCAUAAUGUUUGCUACGAAUAUACAUGGUCCCCAGAGGAUGAAUUUGAGUGUUUUCCGUGGACACAUGAAGCUCAGUUGUUUAAAAAUACAAAAAUUACAUAGAAUUGACCAAGAUAAUUCCUGCUCCCAGACCAUAAACCAAAUAUUAAUGAUGCUCCAACAGCAACAUUUCCAAUUUGUGUUUUUCAUUCAGAAAAAUGGUAGUGAGAGGUAUAAUCAAUAAAAGCAGCCUUGUGGAGCAACUGGUAGGGCUUUAGACAAACACAUCUGAACAGAGAUGUAAUAAAUUACAUUGCCCUAGGAAUUAAAUAUUUACAUAAUGUAGUAUAGUGAACUUCUUGAAGGAUGUAAGAGCUUUGAAAUAGUUUUCUUCCAACACAUGUUCUUGUUAACACUAAUAUGACCAGGACAACGGAACAGAAGACUGCCAGGUUGCAUUUAGUUGUGGUUUUAAUUUUUAAACCUGGAUGUUAGCUUCAAAGUAAUCUGUUACUAAAAUAUUUGGUAUACAACCCAGUUGUUGAAUGUGUUUCUUUUAUUCACCUAACCUUUACCAGUAUAAAUAGGGCACAUCAGUUUGGUGUCAGACUUCAUAAGUUUAAGCUAUAGUCUGCCAAAUAAACUCGCAAAAAUACUCUUAAUAUACACUUGUUCAUUAUUGUUGCUAUAAUUAUGCUUUCAAAUAAUUGAAAUAUGCCUUGCAUUCAGGUCCUGUAGUCGUUCAAGUUCUGAAACCACCAAUGAAGACAAAACAGAUUACUGUUGUUAUAUUGUUUAAGGAACUCAAUUUUAAGGGAUUAUUAUUCAGUUUGUAGUGUUUGAGUUGCUCACAGCAUGCAUUGUCAACUGAAAAUGAUAACACUGUGUGACACUGACAAUUAUCUCAAAUGAUUGUAUGCAAAUCAAACACAACAUGUGUAUUAUUUUAGACAUACGGUACAGUACGUGUACAACAUCUAAUAUAUUACACCUUAAGGGGCUUACAAACUGAAAAAACUGACGCUGACAUUGACUUUAAUUAAAUGUUUAAAUAAAAACGAUUAGGAUCAACUUAAUAUUAUUGCUUCAAUCAACUAACCUAAUAACCUGAAAUCUGUUGACAUAAUACAUUUAAUUAAAGUCAACGUGUCAGUUCUUUCAGUGUAUGGACCUUCAAAGAAUACCAAUAAUUAUGUACAAAAGGGACAUGAUUGCACGUCAUGAUGGUUAUUUUUAAACUAACAAGGUCACACAUUAACGAAGCAGUAACACACUAGAGUUAUUGGAAGCUGCUCUGUAAAGGUUUCCUUCUCGGGUGGUUAAACACAUGUUUGAAUAAAGAAAGCUGUUAGGGAAUAUUUUGUGUAAGCUUGUAAAUCUUUAGCUCAUUUGCAUCUCUUCUCUCUGUCCUCCUCUGGCCUGGCUCUACGGCCUUGCAGGUGCUGUUAUCUUCAUUAAGGAGGAGCAGCCUGGGCUUCCGAAGCCUUGUUGUUCCCACAGUGGGUACGUGCUCAAGCUGACCUAAGAUUGGCUUUAUUGUUUAGGGACAGCUGGCUCCAGUUUAUCUGGCCACAGCUGCUCCGGUGAACACGUUAUUUGUGACCUAGAGGACAGUUUAAGUCAAACAUAUUGUCUGAGCUUGUUUAGUCUGGUGUUUGAAGAAUGUUGAUUACCCAUUUGGAACUAGUUAAAACCUCUUCCUAUUGUCGAGAUCUUCAGAAUUGGUUUGGCAACCGCUGUGGCAACUCGUGUCUGCAGUAAAUGUCUUGUCAAUUCUCCAGCCGUAACUCAGAAUAAACCCAACAGUGUUUUGCCAUCAAGUUCCUGCUCUCCAGUGUCUCUCUGAGGUUCGUCUCCAUUGCUUCAGAGGUUUCCACCACAAAAGCCAAUUUAAAAACAAAGGUUAAAUACUUUGCACUUGUGUUUUAGGUGGGACUCAGUGCCACAGAGCUGUGUGAGUGUCCCUGUUUUGUUCACACAGUAACUCAUGGUGUCUUAGUAUUGACUGAUCAAGAUGCCAAGACAUGCUGCAAUGUGCCAACAAAUUCAGGGAGAAAGAAGACUGCAAGCUAGUGAACAUGGAUUUAAAUAAGCUUUACAAAUUUUUACUGAAAAGGGAAACACACUGGGCACAUGUGUAAGAGCUCAAAUAUACCUAUAAUGUCUUUUUCUGAGUAACACCGAAUGUAAACCUAACUGUGCUUUACAAGAACUGCCCACAGGGCCUCUUUUAUUAAUGUGCACCUCAACUCUGUACAGAAUAUGCAUUUGCAAUGAUGUUCAUGUAAUAUAUGAGUUAAAGAACAAUAAAAUAUAAUGAGUAAACUCUGUCUUAUUAA